AUGGACGUUCACGAUGUGAACACAAAGUUCAGACGUCUCGGCUGGAAGCGUCUGACCAUCUGUCUCAUCGUCGAGGCCAUCGCCCUCGGCUCCCUGAGUAUUCCCAGUGUCUUUGCUACCAUCGGUCUGGUGCCCGGCAUCAUCGUCUCCAUCGGUAUCGGCUUCAUCGCAAUCUACACCUCCCACGUCAUCGGCCAGGUCAAGCUCAAGCACCGUCACAUCGACCACUAUGCCGAUGCUGUUGGCCUGAUGUUCGGCAAGGUCGGCUAUGAGAUUACCAGCGUCAUGUUCGUCUUGCUCCUCGUCUUGAUCGUCGGCUCGCAUGUCCUGACCGGUACCAUCGCGCUUGUCUCAAUCAUCAAGAACAUGUCCAUCUGUGCGCUGGCCUGGACCGUAAUCUCCGCAAUCAUCCUCUUCGUCGUCGCCCUGCCGCCUACCUUUGCCGAGUUUGCCAUUCUGGGUUACAUCGACUUUGGCUCCAUCAUCUGCGCCAUCAUGAUAACCAUCAUUGCGACCGGCGUGCGUGCCUCUCAUGCCGAUGGCGGUUUCAGCGCUGUCGACUGGCACGCCUUCCCCCAAGGCGAUGUCAGCUGCGCCUCUGCCUUUUUGGCCGUCACCAACAUCGUCUUCGCCUACUCCUUUGCCGUCUGCCAGUUCAGCUUCAUGAGCGAGAUGCACACCCCGGAAGACUACCCAAAGUCCAUCUGGGCUCUCGGUCUCAUCGAAAUCUUCAUCUACACCGGCACCGGUGCUCUCGUGUACGUCUUCGUCGGCAGCGAUGUCGCCUCUCCGGCCCUGCUUUCCGCCGGUCCUGUCAUCUCGCGUGUCGCCUUUGGCGUUGCCGUCCCUGUCAUCUUCAUCUCCGGUAGUAUCAACACCACCGUCGUCUCGCAGUACAUUAUCAGGCGCACCAUCAAGAACCCCAAGAUUCGUGACAUUGAAUGUGUAAAGGGCUGGGCCAUCUGGAUUGGUCUUUGUGCCGUCGUCACCGUCAUUGCCUGGAUCGUCGCCGAAGCCAUUCCCUUCUUCAACGCCCUCCUCGGCCUGAUCAGCUCGCUGUUCAUCUCCGGCUUCACCUUUUACUUCCCCGCCUUGAUGUGGUUCAUCCUGAUCAAGCAGGGCGCUUGGUACGAGAGGAAGAACCUCGGUCUGUCCUUGCUGAACUUUGCCAUCUUCAUCAUCGGUGUGAUUAUCCUGGUAUGUGGCGUGUAUGCCAGUGUCGUUGACAUCAAGAAUGGCUACAGCAGUGGCUCCGUCAGAGGGAGCUUCACCUGUAGUGCAGAGGCCUAUACGUAGACUGGGAGUUGGGAUUUUUCUCAAGGAUUACAAUGUUCUGUUGUUAGCGUAUUGGAGAUGGCUGAAUUUCAGGAAUGCUCGAUAAUAUGCUUUGCAUGCAGUGAUCCAAUCAUCCUUUCUCGUUUUAUU